AUGGCUGGACAGGUGAGCGAGAAGGAGCUAGAGAUCGUGCUCAUGCAGGCCAUGAUCGCCGCGAAGAACAUCCGCCCCCAGCGCGACCGCCUCCUGCAGCUCCGCCGCCGGCUGGAGCAGCUCAGCCUCAGCCUCAGCCCCAGCGACGACGACCACGCGGGCAAGAUCAAGAAGCUCGCCCGCGACCUCUUCGACGUCUACUACAUCGGCAUCGAGUACGGCGCGCGCACCCUCUUCACCUGCCUCAAGCUGGCGGCCGAGGGCGGCGCCCGCCUCGCCGUCAACCUCGCCUUCACCGCCAUGUCCGACGAGCAGCUCCACGACGCGCUCGUCGCGCAGCGGCUCCCCGCGCGCCCGACCACCCAGACCGAGGCCUUAACCCGCGUCGAGGUGACCUUGCACGCCGUCAAGGUUCUCCAGGAGCACCACGUCCCGCGCUGCAUCGAGCACCUCGUCGGCCAACGACCACCCAUCGUCGGCGAGAGGCCCAAGACCGACCCCUCGGACAAGGCCCCGCCCGCCGCCACCCCCGUGGACCUGGACAAGGCGCGCGACUACCUCGACCGCGCGAUCACCCUCGCCGACCUCGCCGUCAAGCACAUCGACCUCGCCGUCGCUGUCAUCUCCAGGUUCCUCGACCCCAAGGAGGUCGCCAGCCUCUCCCACUUCACCGACGAAACCGCAUACAUCUCUGAGGUACCUGCACUACUUACUCUCUUUGCUACUACUACUAUAUCUGUUGUGUAUCGAUCUCACCACAUUUGCUAG